AUGCUCUCCAAUAAUUUUAAAAUAUUUCUUGUGCCUAACAAUGAGAUUUUCAGAUCGCCGUUUGCACCACCGGAAGCGCAUCAAAAGCCAAGACAAGAGAUUUGCAUCUACUGCACCUUGCAGUUCGAUGGAGAGAUAAAUAACCAACGCACCCACAACAAAAACCUCUUUGCAUCGGCUGCAGCAGAGGACUCAACCUAUUUCACUCGACACGCAAAUACCGACGAGGCCCAUCGACGUCGAAAGAUGCGCUGUCGCGUGAACAAUCGGAUGGUCACGAACAAUCGUGGCUCCUUCCUGGAAUAUAUUCCGUGUUAUACCGAAAGAGCGAGAAGGGAUUCAUUGAGCAUGAAGACAUAUCUUCGAAGCCAUAAACCAACAGCACUCACCGGUGCAACACCAUCAAGACUCAAGACUCUGGAAAGUAAUGUCUAUCUGCCCAUCCUCUGCGACACACUCCAGAAAACCUGCAACAACAAGGCAUGGUGCCUUUGUGGGUGGGAAGUUCCAGGCACUCGCAAUAACACAGGAGGAAUGAGCGAAGCCCCUGAAGCAGGCCCAAGCAAACGGGGCUUCAACAUAUCCUCAUUCUGCGGGUGCUUGGAACUUCCUGAACCGGUACGUACUGCCUACAAGAAUGCGAUUCUCAAGAUGAGUCCGGUGACACCUACCAAUUACUCGUUCGACGGAUACAACAUGAUUUUCAAUGCGAGUCCUACCACACCUACAAGCUACUCAGCUGGUGACCAUCAUGGUUCAAAAACUCCUAUUCACUUCUCUCUCUAUCUCUUUGAGUAG